AUGAAUGAUUUUAUGAUACAACGACAAUUGCAAUUUAUCCCAGUAUUUGAUGAAACAAUUAGCCGUAUAAUCCUUAUAGCAACUGGUCAAAAUAUAAAAGAAAAACAACGAAUAAUUGAAGGCAAUGAUAGUGAAGUGUAUGAUAUAAAACUAAACAAUGACGAACAUAUUAUUUUAAAAGUACAUCGCUUUGGUGAUGUUUCCUAUGAUCAAGAAGCAUGGGCAAUAAAUGAAUGUCGUAAACAUGGUGUACCUGUACCACAGGUAUUACAUGUAGGAAAAGAAUUGAUCAACAAUGAAAUGCGAGACAUUAUGAUUUUAGAAAAGGUGAAAGGAAGAUCAUUCAGAAAAGUGAUUGACGAACAAAAUAUAAGUAAAAAUGAUGUUGCACAAGUUUUGGAACAAGCUGGUACCAUAUUAAAAAGAAUACAUUCAGUCAAAGUUAAUGGUUAUUGGCGUUUAAAUCAUGAUAAUCAAUGGGAUUUCGAUUCAUGGACUGAUUACAUGAAGUCAACAAUCAGGGACAGAAUUGAAGAUAAACAAUGUCUAUUUGAUGUUGGUCUUAAUGACGAAGAUUUCAAUUUCAUAAUGAAAUGUCAUGUUCUAUAUAUGAAUAACUAUGAAUGUCACCAACCAGUUCUUUGUCAUGGUGAUUAUACACAUGAACAUUGGUUUGUGGAUGAAAGUUUGAAUAUAAUAGGUAUUAUUGACUUUGGUGAUAUGCAAGGUGGACCUGUGACAACAGAUUUUGCUAUUUUUCAAAUGAAUGAGUCAAAAUCAGAUGUUAAUUCAUUGAUAAGAGGCUAUAAUGGCAUAAAUGAUUCUGCAAUUAACGAAUGUUUCAGUCAAGAAUUAGAUCUUCAUACAUUAAUUAUAUCAAUUGGCUAUUUGAUAUACUUCAUAAAACAAAAUAAUACAGAAGAUAUUAAGCAAACUCUUGAUUCGCUUAAGAAAGUAAUCGAUGAUUUAAAAAAACAAUAUCUGUAA